UCAAAAACCAAUAAAAACAAAAAUCAAAAUCCCUCUUUUCUCCUCUCUCUCUCCAAAAACCCUAAUUCUAUCGAUUCGGUUUCACCCUCGACCAAUCCUAAUCUCCGCCGUCCGAUCUAUAACACCGCCAUAUCUCUCACUCUCUCUCCUCAGACAUUGCAGGAACAUAUUUGCCUUUUGAGAUGUCUCCAGCUUCAAAAUCAAAGUCAAAGGACAAAAAGGCUGGCAAGGAACCCCAGAAGGCUUCAUCAAAGCCUUCGGGACCUGCUAAUGCAGGAAGUGGUAUAUCAGCUAGUGCAUACAAUCCACUAUCUGGAACAUUUCAUACCAUUGAAACAGUGCCGACAUCCUCUGCUUCACCACUACACAAUAAUAGUCGUUUCCGAAACAUUGAUGAGACAGAUGAUCAUCUUGGAGGCUCUCUCGGAGCGGGGGUUGAGUAUGAUUCUGUUUCGAAUAAUGGUAGCUGGUCUGGCGAGUCAGAAGAUCACAAAGAGAAGACAUCUAAUCAUCCAGUCCGGCAAGAAACAAUACCAGGCACUGAAAAUGAUAAGCGGGAAAAAAUCCGCCAGAAGAAUGAGAAAAAGCAUCAGCGUCAAAAGGAGAGGCGAGCACAUGAGUUGCAUGAGCGGUGCACUGGCUAUCUUAUGUCGAGAAAGCUGGAAGCACUAGCUCAACAGCUUGUUGCAAUGGGAUUUAUGCAUGAACGGGCAACGAUGGCUCUUAUAUUGAAUGAAGGCAAGUUAGAAGAAUCUGUAACAUGGUUGUUUGAAGAGGGUGAACAUGCAGAUAAGCACAGAGAUCAAAACCUUGGUGGGAGUACUUUGAAAAUUGAUAUAUCAGAAGAGCUUGCUCGGAUUGUAGAAAUGGAAAUCAGAUAUAAGUGCACAAAGCAGGAGGUUGAAAGAGCUGUGGUUGCCACUGAAGGUGAUCUGGAGAAGGCUGUGGAAAGUUUAAGACAACUGAAGCUAGAUCCACCUUCUUCUCCUCCAAAACCUGAUGAAAAUGGUGAUCCUCCAACGUCAAGUAAUGAUAAGCAUUCUUUAACAGGUAGCCAGAAUAUGGUGAGACCACAACCCAAGCUCAACCCAACUUCCAUGAUACAGCAAAGAAGAGAUGAUAAAGAUUUUAAUUAUACAAAAGCAGCUGUUCUGGUGGGAGGAUCUUUGGAAUCAGGAAGUAAAAAUGUGCAGUCCUUGAAGAGAAUACAACCGAAGUCGGAGUGGCCAAGACCUCAGCCAACUCCUACUCCAACUGACAAGAGAUGGCCAAAUGUGGGAUCAAAUCCUUCUGUCUCUCACUCUUUGGCAUCUCCUUUGCAUGGGCCACCUCCACCGGCCAAGACAGAAACCAGUUAUGUUACUGUUGGAAGUGAAUACAAGAGCCUCCAGCCUGGAACCAUCAGAGAACCAGUUAUUAUGAUGCAGCGGCCUCAAUCUGUAAAUUCAAAGCGGGUUCCAACUGCAAGCAUAAGCUCAUCUCCUCCUGGAACAGCCACUGGUUGGUAUCCCACCAAUAGUUCUGAUAUCAUGAAGUCAAAUGGCUUGAUGCCACACGUUCCUAGCACAAGAAGCCCCAGCCCAAACAAUCCAAGUUCGAAUCAGAUGUUCCACCAAUUUCAUUAUCAACAACCGCAGUAUUUUGUCCCCAGCAGUGGCCCAGGGGAUUCUCCUGGAACCAGCAAAGUAAAUGGCUUAUGGAGUAGAGCUGGUGUAUCGCCAUCACUUGCUGCUGCUUCUUCCCUUGGACUUUUCUCUGGUUUGGGCUCAACAGGUUCAUCUGGGGCAACCUCUCCAGUUGAUUGGAGCACUUCUGGGUCAAUGGAGCAGUUAGAUUACACCAGCAUAGACUGGAGUUUGAAUCGAGGUUUAUCUUCCCCAAGGCCCGGUGGAUUGUGGUUAGGACCAAGUUUAAAGAGCAGCGCUCAAGCAUAUGUUUCCACCGGCGCUUCUGGCUUUGGUGCUAGACUGGCAAUGAGAUCAGCUCCCAGCAGCAAUGAGAUACCCAUUCCGGGAUUGCGGGAUGGUGGUGUGUCCAAGUCAGAAACAUCCACCUCCGGUUCCCAUGAAUGGACCUCUCCGUUUGAAGGGAAUGAUAUAUUUGGCUUGUCAAGACAGUUUGUUUCAUCUCCUUCGCUGUAGGGGCGGCAGGGGAUGAUUUCAAUGAAUGAAUGAAAAAGAUAAAAAAGGAAGAAGAAAAGAAAGACCUCAAAAUGUGUUUGGAUUUGAUGUUGGUUCCUUUUGUUGAUUUUUGGUGAAUAUCAUUCCAGUUUCGAAA